UUAGAGAAAAGAAGUAAAGUUUCUUUUGAUACUGUUGGAGAUCACUGAGUUUCGAUUCCAUACUAACGAAAAUUUUCGAAAAAUAACAAUUUGCCAUCUUUUUGCCAAACGAAUGGACAAUAAUUCAUUGGGGGAGCUACCUCUUCCUGGAUUCCGUUUCCAUCCUACUGAAGAAGAACUCCUCAGCUUCUACCUUAAAAGAACUGCCUCCGGCAGGAAGAUACGUUCCGAUGUCAUUGGCUUCCUCAAUAUUUACCAGCAUGAUCCUUGGGAGCUACCUGGAAUGGCUAAGAUAGGAGAGAGGGAAUGGUAUUUCUUUGUGCACAGGGAUAGAAGGCAUGGUCAUGGGGGAAGGCCUAAUAGGACUACCAAAGAUGGGUUCUGGAAGGCAACUGGUUCCGACCGUCAAAUUCGAAGCUUAUCAGACCCUAAGAAAGUUCUGGGGCUGAAAAAGACGCUAGUUUUCUACAAAGGCCGGGCACCACGAGGUUCCAGAACUGAUUGGAUUAUGAACGAGUACAGACUUCCUGAUAACCACCAUCAUUUACCUAAGGAGGAUGUGGUACUUUGCAAGAUUUACAGAAAGGCGACGUCAUUGAAGAUUCUGGAGCACAGAGCUGCAAUGGAAGAUAUUAUAUCAAAAACAGUUGACCCAACUUUAUCGUCUGCUCAGUCUCAGGAGGGAAAAAUCCCAGAAAAAAACUUGGGAGAAUCAUUCUCACAAAAACAAAGCACGAUCAAUCUACCAAUGACAAAGCAAGAAGAUGAUGACCUCUCUGUCCCUAAUUCAUCUGCUAAAUUUGGUUGUCUGAAUUAUAAUUGUGACUUGAAGGAGCUACAAGUACUAGAUGUGCCCAAGUUUAGCAUGGAUGCCACUACAGACGCAUUUUGGACUCAAAUGAGAAGCCCGUGGCUUGACAAUUGGAGCCCGAGUGUUUAUGCCAACCUUCUAAACUGCUCGCCCCAUUGUUGAAAAUCCCAAGUUAGUGUGAAUUACUACAACUGGAGGAUAAUUUAUGGUAAUCUUAGCCUCGCCUCACACAACCCACGAAGCAAUGUGUUAUGCGUGCACGAAUUAGGAUUUACGCCCCUUUCCUUCCAUUUAUCCAACAAUGCCAAUGCCCUCCCCACGACUACUAAGGGUUCUAGAGGGGCUUAACAUUUUGGAGAAUGGUGCAGAACGCAGCAAUCAGCACCCUGUUUAAAAGUGGGGUCAAAUCUUGACACUCUGACAUUGGCUAAAGUUGUGACAAAAUGAGGAAGCUAUCCAUAAGCAGAAAGAUG